CAUCCUCGUUAACAGUUCCAACCCAACACAACACUGACCAUAUUCUUGGAUUCUUGGAGUGAUCGAAUCGAAAUCGAAUUAUUGAGAGCUAAUUCUGUGUGAUCCUCGAGGGAGGCUUGCGGAUUCCACACUCCCCCAAUCGCCUCGUCUCCUUCUCUCUCUCUCUCUCCACGGUUUCCCCCGCAGCCGCAAAGCAAUUGAUUGAUGUCCGUAUCUCAACCGCCUUCACGCUUCGGUCACACAAUUGGUGGUUCGCUUCGACAAUUUUGCGCAUGUUCGGUUUGCAGGAGAGUUCACCAUUCGGGGAAGUAUUUUUAUUUAAUCGAGGAAUUGGAGUGCGACAAUUGGUUGCCCUAUUAUUCUGCCCUAUUUAAUUUCAUCCACAAGUUUUUCGCAAAAAUCUCAAGAGGCUGUCUUUAAUGAAGUCAUAGACUGAUUUUUAGUUCCAUAUCAGUGUUCGUGGUUUUGAGUUGAAUCAGUGGUGGUUCUGAGGAGGAGGAGCUGACGGCGACACAUGGGAUUGGGAUUACUCUGUGCUGAAUUAGGUUUAGUGUUCGAGGUGAAUUUGACAUGGAAUCAAAGGUGGAAUUGAUUGCGCAGUCAUUCGAUUGGAGGUACUCGAAGUGGGCGAGGGAGGCUCUGAAUGAGUUGCCUGACUCUUUCACCAUAGCUGAUCCUUGUAUAUGUGGCCAUCCUAUUGUCUUUGCUUCGAGAGGGUUUCUGGAAAUGGUUGGCUAUUCUGAGGACGAGGUUGUAGGGAGGAACGGUAGGAUAUUUCAGGGGGUGGAGACUGAUAGGGUGUCGGUGAUGGAGAUUCGGGAGGCAAUCCGUGAGGGGAGGGGCGUGCAGACGAGGUUGCUGAAUUACAGGAAGGACAGGACGCCAUUUUGGAUGCUGUUUCAAAUGUGUCCUGUUUUCAGUAAGGAUGAUGGGAGAGUGAUCAAUUUUGUUGGAGUUCAAGUUCCGAUUUCGAGGAAAUCUAGGCUGCCUGGAUUGAGCAGUGUGAGGAACAAUACCAGUUUGUUUGAAGAUGGAUCGGAGAUUCGCGAUAUCAAUUUCAGGUGUUGUAGGAGGGAAGUUUGUUCGAAUUCAAUCUUGAAGCUUGGACAAGCAUUGCCUUUGGAUGGCAGAGAAUUGAAGAUGGAUGAGCCAUGUGAAGUGAGUGAGCGGGAGAAGGCCAAGGCCAGUGCUGCAAUCAGCAGUGUCUUGUCCGUUCUAACGCGCUACAGUGAGUCUACAGGAAAUGUGGUGUGUCGAACGAGAUGCUGCUCAUCUGGGAUCGGACAGCUUGUUGCACCCUUAAAUAUAUCACUCGGUAGAAUCAAACAAAGCUUUGUAUUAACUGAUGCGCAAUCUCCCGAUAUGCCUAUAGUGUAUGCAAGCGACGCAUUCCUGAAGCUGACAGGCUAUGCGAGACAUGAAGUACUCGGGAAGAACUGUCGAUUUUUGAGUGGGAUUGAAACAGAUCCCGCAACACAGCAUCUGAUAAAGGAAGGCAUUCGAGCCGAACAAGCUUGUACAGUUCGUAUCCUAAAUUACAGAAAAGACAAUACCUCAUUUUGGAAUUUCCUUCACAUUUCUCCAAUCCGGAAUGCUUCAGGAAAGGUGGCAUUCUUUGUCGGGAUUCAGAUAGACGAUUGUUCUUCGAGGAAUGAGGGGACAAAUGGUUUGAGUCCGAUUAUGGGGCAACUUAGCGUUGUGGGCGCCGUUAAAGUAGCUGUGAGGUGCUUGUCGAUGAGUUCCGGCGCGUCGUAGAUGGUAAGUAACAUUUGAUCUGCUGUAUUACAUCUCUAUCUGUCUGUCUUUAGCUUUGUGUCAUAUCGUUCCGGCAACGGAUUAAAUGAAAAGAAGUUGAACAAAUGCUGGACAAGAAGGUGUGAUUUAAUGUAGAGUAGUGAUUAAGACAAUUGUUGGUGAAAACGAAGGUGAAACACAUAUGCAGAAUGAAUGUUGCCAUUAAAAGAUUCUGUGAA